AUGCUGCAGGAUCAUUACUCACCCCUCUCAAGAUACAAGCUCUUGUUCCUGGCUUUAGCUGUCCUUUUGGUUCUGGAUCAGGCUUCCACAGGUGGAUGGUUUGAAGAGUGCAAUUAUUCAGUUGGCAGAUGCAGGAUAGCUUGCAAAGAAAAUGAGAAGCCGAAAGGAACAUGUGUGGGGAACAAACUUUGCUGCCUCCCUGUAAUAAAGCAGAAAUCAUCUGCCUUCGCAAGAAACAAGAAAUGA